CUCCUCUCCAGCGCCCAGGCCGGGCUCCAGCCCGUAGGACGGUGCUGCCCACGCUCAGGAUGGUUCUUCUGUCCUCAUUUUAACCUGCCCAGAAGGCCCCACAGCCAUGCCCAGAGCAGAUUGUCCAGGCCCCCUGGCCAGAACAUCCCCCAUGAUGGCAGCGGAGGGCAGCAGUGCCAGCGACUGUGUAUCCUUCAGUGUGCUCAGUUGGGAUCAGAUUAGCCGGCUGCAUGAGGUCCUGACUGAGGUUGUACCUGUUCAUGGACGAGGCAACUUUCCAACCUUGGAGAUAACCCUGAAGGACAUCGUCCAGACUGCCCGCAGCCGGCUAGAGGAGGCAGGCAUCAAAGUGCAAGAUGUCCGGCUGAAUGGCUCUGCAGCUGGACAUGUUUUGGUCAAAGACAACGGCUUGGGGUGCAAAGACCUGGACUUGAUCUUUCAUGUGGCUCUUCCCACUGAGGCAGAAUUCCAGCUAGUCAGAGAUGUGGUUCUGUGUUCCCUCCUGAACUUCCUGCCAGAGGGUGUGAACAAGCUCAAAAUCAGCCCCGUCACCCUGAAGGAGGCGUAUGUGCAGAAGCUGGUGAAGGUCUGCACGGACACAGACCGCUGGAGCCUCAUCUCCCUCUCUAACAAGAACGGGAGGAACGUGGAGCUGAAGUUUGUUGACUCCAUCCGGCGGCAGUUUGAGUUCAGCGUGGACUCCUUCCAGAUCAUCUUGGAUUCGUUGCUCUUUUUCUAUGACUGCUCUAGUAACCCCAUCUCUGAGCACCUCCACCCCACGGUGAUUGGGGAGAGUGUGUAUGGAGACUUUGAAGAAGCCUUUGACCAUCUGCAGAACAGACUGAUCGCCACCAAGAACCCUGAAGAAAUCCGAGGUGGAGGACUUCUCAAGUACAGUAAUCUUCUUGUGCGGGACUUCAGGCCUGCAGACCAGGAGGAGAUCAAGACUCUAGAGCGUUACAUGUGCUCCAGGUUUUUCAUCGACUUCCCAGACAUCCUGGAACAGCAAAGAAAAUUGGAGACCUACCUUCAGAACCACUUUGCCGAAGAAGAGAGAAGCAAGUAUGACUACCUCAUGAUCCUUCGCAGGGUGGUGAAUGAGAGCACCGUGUGCCUCAUGGGGCAUGAACGCAGACAGACCCUGAACCUCAUCUCCCUCCUGGCCUUGCGGGUGCUGGCAGAACAAAACAUCAUCCCCAGUGCCACCAAUGUCACCUGUUACUACCAGCCAGCUCCUUAUGUCAGUGAUGGCAACUUCAACAACUACUACAUUGCCCAUCCUCCAGUCACCUACAGCCAACCUUACCCGACCUGGCUGCCCUGUAACUAACCUUAAUAACCUGAAGGUUUCCACGGUAGGAACCUACUGGGUCAGGGCUCUCAGGCAGGAGAGCCUCCUCCUAGAUGUAGGUGUUUGGCUUUUAAAGAGGAUGUCAGCUCUGAUUGUUUUUCUUUUUUCUUUGUGUGCCCACGGCAAUGGGUCCAUAGACUACCAUGAGCCAACCCCAAAAGGAUCCAUAUUUCAGUGUCAUUUUGGAAAAUGCAAUAGGAAGUGUGACCUUUCUACAUCUUUGCAAGAUAGACACUAACAGGUCACAUCCCAAACAUCAGCACCUGAGCUCUGUGAAGUCUUUGGGAUUGGGAGAACUUGGGCACCAUGUGAGAAGUCUCAAGCUGCUUUUCUCAGUGAGCCUCCAGUAGGCUGUUAGCUCUCACUAGGGAUUCUCAGCAGUGACUUGACGGCUGUGCUCAUCUUAUUGUGUCAACUUUAGUCAGCCCCAAACUGAUACACACGAGGGUACUCUUGUGAUCAAGUGACUAAGUUGUGUAAGUCUAGUCCCUGUCAGCAGAGCUGAGAAUUUCAUUCAUCAAUAAACCAAAGCCAAUAGCUGGAGACUUAAGAUCUGGUUGGAAGUGGUUUAUGGUUUAAAUGCUGUGCUAACUUGAGGAAUUAUGAGAUAUUGAGAAAAAAUGACCUUUUCUUGAUAUGUAACUUGAAAACAAAAUGUGGAACAUAAUGUUAAAGUAGAAUUGUGGUGGGGGGCAGGGAUUGUAAAUAGGAAACAUGAAUGUUCUGUUUUCUUUAAGGAAGUCCAAUUGAAUGACACUUUUUUCAUCAUUGGCGCUCUCAUGACUGACUUUUGUGUUGCUCUUCCUCAGAGUAAAGGUUGUGCUAUGUGUAGAGUCAUUGGCCUGACAUGAGGGUCUUCCCAUGCUUUAAUUAGAAACCCAGUUUGAUCAACAUUCCAAGUAUGACAGGCUAUUUUUUUUCUGGAAUACUUUGGCCAUUUUUCUCCCUCAAAAUAGUAAUUUCCUUCUUCAAGUAUUUUUCAUAGCACAUGAGUUCAGGAGAACACGGUGACCUGUGGAAUUGCUUUAGGAUUUCAUUUCUUACCUCCAGCUGUGUGAAAAAGGUUAGCAUGAUGUCUGCUUUGAGUAUAUACUGGUUCCCAAAGCACUUUAAAAUCACUAGUGAGUUUGGGGAAGAACUGAGUGAGUGAAGCAUGAGCUUUCUUACUUGGCUAGAUUUGAUUAUGUUUAUUAUGCUCUGCACUUUAGAAGGAAACAGUGUUAAUUGCUGGCCUUACACAGGCUUAGACCAUGGGAGAGGUCUAGGCACUCUGGCUUUUCCUAAUUGAUCUGGAUAAGAGAUUUCAUAUUUUGAAACCUUCUGUGUGAUCUUUUAGAGAGCUUCACUUUAGUAUAACAAGGGUAGAGACAGUCAGUAUUGCCAGCCAGCUUGGUUUUUGGAGUGAUUUGAUCAAAUCCAUGAUGCUAAUUUUUUAUUUUCUCCUGUGGCCAUAAAAAUCCAAAGCCCAGCAAGAUUGCUUCCCCACACGUUAAGCAAUGAAGUUAUCUUAAUACAGAAAUACUUAGUAGAAAAUAGUGGUUUGUAAGGACUUUUUUUUUUUUUUUUACCCCAAGUUUCUUCUGGAAUGUGAUGUAUUGGUCCUCAUAAGGCCUGACUGAAACUCCUUGCUGGCGCCUGUGUUGUUAGAUGACUAGUAUACGCUUCUCAGCCCCCCAGCUCCCGUGUCCCUGUGAGCCUUAGUUACAUUUGAAUUCACUGGCUUAAGUGGACCUGAGCCACUUCAGUGUGACAAGGAAAGUAAUGAAAAGUGAUCCCACUUUUGAAAACUAUCUAGUCAUCCAUGACCUUAAAAUGCUGCCAUUGUGUUCAAAUGAUAGCUUAUUUGUACAAAAAUGAGAUUUGUGUAACCAGAUCUUUGGAAAUGUGAUGGUGCCUUUGGCAAAAGGAGCACUUGCUAACAGAAACCAGGAUUGCUUCUACUUGAGGCUUGCGGACCAGUGAAGCAAUGGGAAAAUGUCUAGCUUGUCUUUGGAGUUUUCUUUGCUUAUGUGUUGUUGUGUUUUUGUUUGUUUGUUUUGCAGUCUGGUAAUGGUCUUUUAUUUUACUUUAUUGUUUU